AUGGAUCCGAAUCAUCCGAUCGAUGUUGAUAUGUUGUCCUCGGAAUCAAGUUACUCUAGUGAUGUUAGUGAUAAUGACUUUGUCGAGUUAAUAGAGAAGCCCACAUACAAAUGCAAGUAUUGUCCUAAAGAGUUCUCCAAAAUACAAGCAUUGGGUGGUCACCAAAAUGCGCACAAAACGGAAAGACAAAACCAUGCCAUGUUCACGAGUAUGAACCAGUCAGAUCCAUACCCAUAUAUGCUUCCUAGUCGAGAGAACCCAUACCAAUCCGUCAUGACUCCACCUCAACUAUAUUUGUCCCCAACGUCACCACCACCACCACCAGUGAAUUUAGAUCUUUGUCUUGGUGUUGGAGAUAGCUCACAAACCCAAGCUCAACCUAAAGAACCUAACGAAGAUGAUGGUCUUUCACUCAAACUUUGA